AUGACGCGCAGGUCUAGUCACAUGUCAUCUUUCACAAGCAUCGACUUUCACUCGGCCAGCGGGCUAUCACUUCUUCCUGAGCCUGUUGCUGGAUUGCCUCAAUCUACUACACCUGCCGCGAAGCUCAUCAAAUGGCGAGUCUCGAGGCAGUCGUCGUGUGCCCCGGUUAUCCUGCUCUGUGACACGACCGCGGAUGAACUGGCACGUCAACAUCAUUCGAUUAUCCCUCCAAAUCACUCACCAUUCUUCGUCUCCAAUUCAUCUCCAGUUUCAUCUAUCAGACCCCGCGGACCAUUCUUCAUUGCUUCAAAGAUGGCCUCGAAAGCUUUCUUCGAUCCCGUGGCAGCUUUACGUGCCGCCCCUCUCCUUACAUCAACCUGCUCCCUUUGGUUCGCAUGGGAUCAGCACUUCUUCCUGCACAUCUUCAACAAGCCCGAACUCCGUGCGAAGAGUAAUGACUUGCUGCCGACAUACUUUCGCUUUUUCUUCCGUGGCGGUGUCACCCGCGUCCUGGUCCUAAUCUCGCUGACGCUGUCUUCUUCUUUCGCCACUUGCUUCGUCAACCAUGAUUCGCAUUGGGCGAAUGGGUCUCUACGCUGGUAUACGGCUGGCAUGGCUUUAGCAGCCAGCCAUCUUGCCUUUGUACCUGCUGUUGCACCGAAAAUACAGGCUAUCAUCGAAGAUAGCUCGAAUGGACAGAGCACAAAUGAUCUGGAUGAAUGGUUGAAGAUUCACACUUGGAGGGGUUUGACUGUAGAUUUGGCGGCGUGGGCUUGUUUUGUUGUUGCAACUGUUCGAAAUCUCCAAUAUUCGUAGGGAUUGAACAGGCAA